GGGGCGGAGCGUGGGGGUCCCCUGCGCAGCCCGCGGCGCUUCGCGGAGCAGGCGCUAGCGCAUCCUUGUCCCGCAGCCCGUCCGGCCUCGUCUCCGCCGCCGCCGCCGCGCCGUGGCAUGGCCUGUCUGAUGGCCGCCUUCUCGGUCGGCACCGCCAUGAAUGCCAGCAGUUACUCAGCUGCAAUGACGGAGCCCAAGUCCGUGUGUGUCUCGGUGGAUGAGGUCGUCUCCAGCGGCGUGGACGAAGUAGAGACCGACCUGCUCAAUGGGCACCUGAAGAAAGUGGACAACAGCCUCACUGAGGCCCAGCGCUUUUCCUCCUUGCCCCGGAGGGCAGCCGUGAACAUCGAGUUCAAGGACCUUUCCUACUCUGUUCCCGAAGGACCCUGGUGGAGGAAGAAAGGAUACAAGACCCUACUGAAAGGGAUCUCGGGGAAGUUCAGCAGCGGGGAGCUGGUGGCCAUCAUGGGCCCCUCGGGGGCCGGGAAGUCCACGCUCAUGAACAUCCUGGCCGGAUACAGGGAGAGCGGCAUGAAGGGUUCGGUCCUCAUCAACGGGCUGCCCCGGGACCUGCGCUGCUUCCGGAAGGUGUCCUGCUACAUCAUGCAGGAUGACAUGCUGCUGCCCCACCUCACCGUGCAGGAGGCCAUGAUGGUGUCCGCGCACCUGAAGCUGCAGGAGAAGGAUGAGGGCAGAAAGGAGAUGGUAAAGGAGAUCCUGACGGCACUGGGCCUGCUGUCCUGUGCCAACACGCGGACUGGCAGCCUGUCGGGCGGCCAGCGGAAGCGCCUGGCCAUCGCACUGGAGCUGGUCAACAACCCCCCAGUCAUGUUCUUCGAUGAACCCACCAGCGGCCUGGACAGUGCGUCCUGCUUCCAGGUGGUGUCUCUGAUGAAGGGCCUGGCCCAGGGCGGCCGCUCCAUUGUCUGCACCAUCCACCAGCCCAGCGCCAAGCUCUUUGAGCUCUUUGACCAGCUGUAUGUGCUGAGUCAGGGGCAGUGCGUGUACCGGGGGAAAGUCUCCAACCUCGUGCCCUACCUGCGGGACCUGGGUCUGAACUGUCCCACCUACCACAACCCCGCGGACUUCGUCAUGGAGGUGGCCUCCGGCGAGUACGGUGACCAGAACGGCCGCCUGGUGAGAGCCGUGCGGGAGGGCAUGUGCGACGCGGCCUACAAGAGGGACCUCGCGGGCGAAGCCGAGGUGAACCCCUUCCUUUGGCACCGGCCCUCCGAAGAGGUAAAGCAGCCAAAACCAUUAAAGGGGCUCAGAAAGGACUCGGCCUCCGUGGAAGGCUGCCACAGCUUCUCCGCCAGCUGUCUCACGCAGUUCUGCAUUCUCUUCAAAAGGACCUUCCUCAGCAUCAUGCGGGACUCGGUCCUCACACACCUGCGCAUCACCUCACACAUCGGCAUUGGCCUCCUCAUCGGCCUGCUCUACCUGGGCAUCGGCAACGAGGCCAAGAAGGUCCUGAGCAACUCCGGCUUCCUCUUUUUCUCCAUGCUGUUCCUCAUGUUCGCCGCCCUCAUGCCCACCGUGCUGACCUUCCCCCUGGAGAUGAGCGUCUUCCUGCGAGAGCACCUGAACUACUGGUACAGCCUGAAGGCCUACUACCUAGCCAAGACCAUGGCCGACGUCCCCUUCCAGAUCCUGUUCCCGGUGGCCUACUGCAGCAUCGUGUACUGGAUGACGUCCCAGCCGUCUGACGCUGUGCGCUUCGUGCUCUUUGCCGCGCUGGGCACCAUGACCUCGCUCGUGGCGCAGUCCCUAGGCCUGCUGAUCGGUGCCGCCUCCACGUCCCUGCAGGUGGCGACAUUUGUGGGUCCCGUGACAGCCAUCCCUGUGCUCCUGUUCUCGGGGUUCUUUGUCAGCUUCGACACCAUCCCCACAUACCUGCAGUGGAUGUCGUACAUCUCCUACGUCAGGUAUGGCUUUGAGGGCGUCAUCCUGUCCAUCUACGGCCUGGACCGAGAAGACCUGCACUGUGACAUUGAUGAGACCUGCCACUUUCAAAAGUCGGAGGCCAUCCUGCGGGAGCUGGACGUGGAGAAUGCCAAGCUCUACCUGGACUUCAUCGUGCUGGGGGUCUUCUUCGUCUCCCUGCGCCUCAUCGCCUACCUUGUCCUGCGGUACAAAAUCCGGGCAGAGAGGUAAAGCGGCCCAUGCCAGCAAGGAGGAACAUUAGACAUGGUGGCCGAGGGCACUGCCGAGUGGCGGCCGCGUGCCUGUGUCCGGUGACACGGAGACUCCUCUGACCCCACCUGGCAGCCUCACCUGCCGGUCGGUGGGAGCCAGCGAUCAGCUUCGCCGCUCACCUGGGUGGGACGUCUCUUACUACCUUUUCUAGCUUUACCUAGGGAGAUGUAGAAAGGUUUGCUUUGUUUUUACAUGCAGAAUUUAAAGCCCCACAGACGGGGCAGGAUUUAAAACUGCAACACAGCUGGUGACAAGAGGCCUCCUCGGUAAAUCUGCUCCUGCUGUGGAGGUGACAUUAGUCCUGGACGGGGAGCCAGGACCACUCCUCUGUGGGUCACAUGGGGAGUCCCUGCCACGGAGCGGGGCAGAAAGCCUAGCGGGGAGGGAUCCGUUCUACGGCUUCUUUCUCCUGGCUUUCCUUCUGAAGUCUGUCUCUCUUCUGACAAGUCACUUUCAGAACCAAAAGUUGGUAACUCUCUUUCAUUUUAAGAAAGUGUAUCUUUUUAGCACUUGUGGAGCUGUUCAGGGUAAAUAACUCACUGUGUUCAGAGACUAAGAAAGCAGACCUAAUGUUAGCGCUGUCUCAUUCUGGGCAGACGCUGUGAAAAGUGGACAUGGGCUCCCGGGGUGGUGGCACCGACACUGCCCGCGCUGAGAUGCGGAGUCCUUGAGAGUGGCACAGACAACUCUCAGAUGAAAGCAGCCAGCCCUGCCACAUUAUUUUUUCUACCUGCUUCUUACUUUGUGCGAAGUAGAUGGCUUCUUGCUAAAUUUCUGACCACCUUCGUUUGCCUAAAACACAAAAUUGUGCGGAUCAGCCCAACUGAUUUUGAAGGAUAUUUUCCUUCCUCAUCGAUCACAUGAACUACCUCCAUCGCCCCUGGGAAGCUGAGCUGGGGGAUUUCGGGCAGGCCCUGGAGCCUUGGGCCAGCCAGCACUACGAGGGGGACCUGGGCCAGCUGGAUUGGACAGGCGGUGCUGAUCGGGUCACUGCUAGGAUAAGGGCUGCCUUGUCCUCCGGGAUGGGAUGACCCUGGUGUCAGAGUGGCCCUUAAGAGACAGCCCCUGCCCUGUAAAUCAUGGCUCUGGAGCCCAUUUAGGUUGUGUGCAGCUCUGGAACCCCGAGGUCCCGAGGCCUGCGUUCCUGCUCGAGCAGAAUGGAAAGGGUCCAAAGUGGACUGACUGUGUGGAUUUGGCUUUAAAAAUGCCUCGAGGUUUCUUUUUAAUUUAAUUUAAUUUAAUUUUUACUUCUGGAUCUUUUUUUUGGCAAACGCAGUGGAAGCUGUAUUAAUACAAACUGUUAAGUCCGCUUAUACAAAUAGAAGAUUGCCUUAGAUUCAGUUUUUAACCAGGGUCCAACCCAGCCUUUAUAAAUAAAAUCUUGAUUUAGCUUCAAGUGUAGCCGCCCCACACGGGGAAGGAAGGCCUGCUCCACAGUCCCUGGAGAAGCGUGCAGGCGGGCAGGGCAGGCAUCCCUGGUGAGGCCCGUCCUGGAGGAAGCCUUGCAUCAGGGAGGUGCAGUGUUACGGGGCUGUGGGCUGUGGCCGGGGGAGCCACACUGCCAUCCCGAAGACAGCCUCCCUUUGCCCGCCGCGUCCACAGAACCCGCACGUGGCACACCCAGGCUCCGUAGCGCCGCAGCCCUGGAGGGAGCCUUUCCCUAGGAAGUGGGUUAUACACUCCAUGGGUUAUUCUCACCCUGUGUAAAUGAGGGUCUGCCAGAGUCCCCCAAAAGGUCCAUCACGGGACAGGAGAGCCAGUGGCCUGGACUGGGUGAUACAGGUCAGUUUUUAGGGGCCCAACUUGAGCAGGUGACAGCGUGCAGGGGGCCCCUCAGGCUGGCGCUGUUGCCACAGAGCCUGGCUGCCACCUUAGGGUGCGGGUGUGCUCCCCUCCCCCUCUGCCACCCGGUUCCAGUGCUCAGAUCUGUGUUUCCGGGGCCCCUUGCCUUCUCUUCUGGUUCUGCAGCUCCCUCUUCCUAGGACCUAAGGCCGCGACCACACAGUCACCCACGCUGUUUUCCAAAUCACCGUGGGAAGAGGGGGUCCUGAGCUCAGUUCCUGCCGCUGAGGCUGGGGCUGGGGUGGAAACGACCCCCCAGAUCUGACGCCUUGGGGUUCCUCUCGCUGUUAGCGCCCAGGUGCUCCUUUCUCCUGUAUCUGAAGAGAAGUGUGAAGCCAUGGGGGCUCUUUGCGCCCCCUGCUGGUACCAGAGGAGACUGCAGCCCAGGGAGUGCCCCUCAAGGAGACUGGAGGAGGGGAUGGGAGGGCGCAUGGGCACCCCUAUAAAGGAGCUUCCUUCUCUGCUGCCUGCCCGGGGGUUCUGCCUCCUCUCUCCAGGCCGGGGACACCGAGGCAGGGAAGGGGAAGCGGGGAGGGUGGAGGCAAUGGGCUGGCUCCCAGUUCUGGCCCCAGGCAGGUGGCCCAGAAGAGAGUGAUCAGCAGUGCCCACCACGUGCAGGGAAGGGUGUUGCCUGGGGCCGCGCUUGCCCCUUGUCAUGCAGGGGGCCCUUCUUGCCCCUGCUGGCCUCAACUGGUUAGCACGGCACCUGGCCAGCAGCUGUGCGCGUCUGCAUGUAUGCACAUGUGUGUGAACAUGUGUGUGCACGUGUGCACGCCUGCUCUGAGGUGUUGCUCGGCAGGGUCCCCUUCAUCUCUGGUGCGCCAGCCCCUCACUGUCGCCGCCCUGACCUCGGAGAAGGAAAGAGAACUUUCUCUCCUUUCAUGCCAUGGUGCCGACGGUACCAGUGGGAGCGAAACCCUGGGCCUCUUGUUGGAUGAACAGGACAGAAAUCGGAGUGAAGCCCAGAGGGAAGAUGUGUGGACAGAAGCUCAGACACUUUCCAGAAGUGAAGACUGCUAAUAAAACGUUUUGUAUCAAA